AUGAAGCCGACGAACCGUAUCAUGAUGGCCGAGUUUCCUGGCUCUGUCAAUUAUUUCGCCGACUGCAUCAACACCGCAUGGGCCAUUGGUCUUCGAAGCCCCAUAAGCGGUAUGUCCAAGGGGGACAACAGCGUACAGGCACUCGCGCUGCUCCGUGGCCUCUCCAAGAAGACGGGCGGGCAGGCAUUAUAG